CACCAUUUUUCCCCUCAGCUAUUUUUGAAACCAAAAUCCUCUAAUUAACAACCUUGACGCUCACGAACACGAACACGACCGAAAUUCCAGCCAAAACCAGAAAAUCUUGUGACAUUAUCCUCACUUCUAGGCUUAUAAACACACUUAUUUCACAUUCUUUCAUUGUCUCAGAUCACAAACAAACCGAAGCAAAGGCCUAAAAAAGAGUAAGAAAGAAACCAUGUCUGGAAUCAUGCACAAGAUUGAAGAUAGCUUUGGAGGGCACAAAAAAGAUGAGGAGCACAAAACAGAACACAAAGAAAACCACCAUGAUGAACACAAAGGUGAACACAAAGAGGGCUUUAUGGACAAGAUGAAAGACAAACUUCAUGGUCAUGAGCAUGACAAGAGUCACAAAGAAGGGCACAAAGAAGGACACAAAGAAGAACACAAAGAAGGGUUUAUGGAAAAGAUGAAAGACAAGUUCCAUGGUGAUGAACAUGACAAGGGUGAGAACAAGAAAAAGAAGAAAGAGAAGAAGAAGCAUGAGCAUGGACAUGAAAAACAUGGUGACAGCAGCAGCAGUGACAGUGAUUGAUCAGAUAUAAUAUAUGUUAAAGGCAAUUUUUGUGUUUGCUCUUUUAAAUUUCAUCAUUACUUUAUUCAAUUGUCCUGACACA